AUGGGUGACCCGUUGAGAUUGAGCAAGUUCCUCAUCAACACGGCGGUUUCUCGUGGUGUUAAGCUUCAUCAUCCGGCUAGAGCUGUGUCUGUGGUGACUGGUGAGACUGGCACCAUCACGGGAGUCAAGAUCGUGGACCUCAACACGCGAAACGAGACGACCAUUCCUUGCACGAAUUUGAUUGUUAGUGCCGGUCCUUGGACUCCACAGGUAUUCAAAGAGAUCUUCCCCUCGUCUGAAGUGUCUCUCCCAAUUGGCCCUCUGGCAGGAUACUCCCUUGUCCUUCGCUCCCCCAGAUAUACCCUAGAACACGAACGAGUAACCCAUGGCGGUAAAAGCCAUGCCAUCUUCACAACUCACCCAGACUCAUGCGGCUUCUGCCCGGAAAUCUUCUCCCGCGAAGGUGGCGAAAUCUACAUCGCAGGACUAAACAGCUGGGAUAUCCCCCUUCCCUCACACGCAGAAGGCUCACGCGACCUGUUCGACUCAAAUGAAAUAGCAAGAUUAAAGGAUGUGUCGAUCCGGUUGAUGGGCAAGUUGGCUGAUGGAAGCGCGGAGUCGACGGACGACGUGCCUAAUGUUGAUGACCUUGAGAUCUUGCGAGAGGGACUGUGUUUCCGUCCUGUUACUAGUCGUGGUACGCCGCUGGUUUCUAAGAUUGGGGAACAAUCGCUGGGUGGUGUGAGGGCUCAGGGUGGAGUAUAUGUUGCGGCGGGUCAUGGGCCUUGGGGGAUUUCGCUUUCGUUGGGAACUGGGAGGGUUGUCGCUGAGAUGAUUCAGGGGGUGAAGACUUCGGCUGAUGUUAGUGGAUUGGCUGUCUAA